CUUCGAAGUUCGUAUUACCUGCAAGGAAAGGUUGAUUAAAAGAUAAAAAAAAAAAAUGUAGUUUAUUUAAAAUUAGUCUAUGAAAUUUUUCAAGUUUAAUAGGAAGAAACUGAAAUCUUCUGCUUCGAAAAAAAAAAUGGUGCCAUGUGACGAUUCAUUUCUUCCUUCUGAUAAUAUCAAUCAACUGCUAUGCCUUCAGGGAAAAACAGAUGCUAUAAGAGCGUUUGUUUCAGAAGAAUGUUUCAAUUUUAAAGAAUCAACUUCUGAUGAUAAGACUUCAACUUCACUUCUUCCAUCUAUGCUAGUUAGUUACCAUCAAAGUACAAGAACAAUUUUUGAAAACUACCAAAUGCAAGUAAAUUCUCAUCAAGAAAGUAUUUUAUCUUCAAACAGCUCAAUUCUAGAUAAUCUAGUUAAAAAGAAAUCUGUUGACAAAGGCGUGUCUAUGGUUCAUGCUAUGUGGAAUAUAUUACCUUUAGGAGCAUCUAUAUUUAGCUUACCUUACUGCGUUAUAGCUGGGGGUUAUUUUGUACUUCCUUUAAUUUUUAUUAUUAGCGCUAUGGCCGAUGCAACAGGAAUUCUGUUAGUUGAUUGUUUAUACGUAGUAUCACACAACACUAAGCAGCGUAAAAAAGUGAAUUCAAAUUAUGUUGAUAUAGCCAGAUGUGUAUGGGGUGAAGUUGGUGGCCAUAUUUUCAAUGCUUUUUUAGUGUUUUAUUUAUUUUCUGGUUGCGUUGUAAACGUUAUACUGUUAGGAAAAAGUAUUCAUGAUUUGCUCCAUUCUAGUACAAAUUUUUCUUUUGGAUUAUUGACAACAUUGUUUUCAGUGUUAAUAUAUCCGACAUUAUUUAUAAAAAAACUUACAGUUUUGGCGUAUCUCAGCAUGGCAGCGGUAUUUUCUGUUCUUGUUGGAAUUUUUACGAUCAUAUUAGCGUUUUUCUUGGAGCUUGAAAACUGGAAAAAUAAUAUUGGUGAAAUUUCACUAAUAAACGCAAACGGGUUGUCGUUAGCUUCAGGAAUAAUAAUGCUUUCAUGCGAAGUGCAUUCCGUUAUUCCACACGCAGAAGGUAUUAUGAGAGAAAGUUCAAAAAUUAAUUUUGUUCUUCAUCGCUCAUUUAUAGGAACAGCAUUAGUAAAAUUUUUAGUAGCCCUUUUAGGUUCUUUAACAUAUGGUUCAACAACUCAAAGUAUUGUCACCCUAAAUGUGGCAACAGUCAAUCGCUCAGCUCAUGUAGUUUGUUCACUUACUACGUUAUUAUAUGCUAUUUUAAAUUACCCCCUGAAUAUGUUUAUAAUAAGUGAGUUCAUUGAUAAUUUUAUAAAAAAUACAAAAAUCAAAUCAAGUGUGCCAUUUUUCUGUUUAUGGAUAGCAUGCACCCGUUUUAUUCUUAUAACACUAACUGUGCUGGUUGCUGUAUUUGUUCCGUACUUUGCAGUUGUUUUAGGUUUACGCGGAAGUUUAAUUGGCACUUGUUUGAUAUUCAUUUUUCCAUGCUAUUUUCACUUAAAGCUAAAAUGGGACAUUUUAUCGUCGCGUCAAAGAACCUGGGAUAUAUUUUUACUUACGGUCGGAAUAUUAUUUGGUGCUGCAGGACUUUACGCAUCAGUUAUGCGACUAGUUGUUAUAAUUCAAACAUAAUAUUUUGUGAAGAUAUUAAAUGAAAAUAAAAUUGACGGAAGCAUA